AUGUCGAAAGAAGACCAGCAGCCAUCCGCGAGCCGGCCGGGCCGCCAGCACACCCAUCGCGCCUCCAUGGCAUCAAUCAGCUCGGACGCACCGCCGGGCUACUCGGACGAACCCUCGAGCUCGUCGGCUGCCGCCUGCGCGCAGCCUGCACCACCACCCGCCCCAAAGCCUGCGAAAGCCGGCGAGGGUCGGUCGCCGGCCGACUUGGAAGUCGGGCCGCCGCCUGAUGACGCCCUGCCCCCCGAUUUCUCGGUCUAUCAAGCCUCGUACACGUCUGACAAACUGGGGAAUAUUACUAGUCAUGACCCGCAUCUCAACACGGAUGGAGAGGCCCUGUGUCGGUUCAUACUCUUGCAUAUAUCUUCCCCGCCCGAGUUGAUUGUGAAGCUGAGUGGAACUCAUGAAGACUUGCGGACGGAGACGACGACUGAGUAUGUGAACGGACGGACGGAAUACCGCACGCGAGAGCAGCGCCAGACAGUGACGGACUUCAGCUUCACGAUGCAAGCGGCCUCCGAGCCUGCGCUCGACCACGGCGUCCGGCGGCUCUACAUCGUGGGGGACGGCGAGGUGGUGGGCCGAGGCGGACAGCGCCGCGAGCGAGGGCGCUGGGAAAACGGGAAGGAUCUCGGCCUGUUGAGCCCGGCCGGGGCGGGCGGAGAGGAGGGCGCGGCUCUCCCGGGCAGAGGCAGAACUGGGGUCGGGUUCAGGGAGAGACGGAAGGCUGACAGGAUCGCUGAUGAAACCAAGAGACUGGGGUACCCGCCCUUUGUGCCCUCCUGGAUGUUCCCGCGGGAUGCGUUCUCCUGCGAGCCCAGCCGGCCGCCCGAUCAUCUGCUCGGCCCCGACUGGCGCGAGAAAUGCUCGAGCUACUUGGACUCGGUGGUCCGGCGCGGCUACUAUCGCUACCAGAAGCCGGGGCGCGAGGCGUCUGCGCAGGUGGAGCGAGAGCUGCGGCAAUGGUGUGAUGAUUACUGUGCCAGUACCAAGUAUCUGAAAGAGCUUCGGGUCGAGAAGGCCGUGUUUGGCUGGAACUUGGCCCUCUUGGAAGAAGAGCUGCUCAAGCUGCUCAACUCGACGCCUCAUCUGAGCUCGACGCACUUCUCGGUGGAUUUCUACACGACCUCCUCGGAGAUCAUCGUGCGCCCGGUGAACAUGCUGUCGAAGCUCUUCAGCCUCUCGGGGCUGACCAAGUUCCUGCUGACGAUCAGCCUGGUCUACCCGCUCCUCUGGCUCGUCCGUUUUCUCAUCCUGGGUGCCGAGUACGAUGUGGUGCGUGUGGGCUAUCCGCUGGUGUGCUGGCACGAAGCGGGCGAUAGCCUUGAGGGGCAGUUGGCGGGCCGGUCUGAGCUGGACUGGUUCGCGGACCACCAUGGCCGCAUCUCUCGCGCCUCUCAGAACCAGCAACAACAACAACACCCUCAGCAAUCCAUCUACCAGCCAGGAUCCCACCCCCCCUAUCUCUCCUCACCCGCACCCGGCCACCCCCCCAACCCAAACAGUCUAGCCAGCCUCCACCAGCCCAUCACCCAGCAACCCCAGCCCAGCACUCUCCCAACCCCACUCACCCCCUCAUGGGCAAAGCAGGUCCAGCAUGCACAGAUCUCCCGCGCCUCCAGUGCCGCCCACCACCAUGCCCGCGCCGCACAGCUCCAGAUCCGCGGCCAGGCAUCCGCCGCACUCACCAUCACCGACCCCAACCGGCCCCCCAAGCCAGUCAUCCUCCACCACAACCCAGCCAGCACCACCAACACCAACCAGGGCCCCUCAUCAAAGUAUAGCGACCAUCCCGACCCCCUCCGCCACCAGACCAGCGACCCCACCCAUCCCAGCAGCCCAUCCGAUACCAGUCUGACCAGCUCAACCGCCACCGCCAAUGCCCACAACGACCCCGCCGGCCCCCUCACCCCCAGCGCCCAGCCCAGCCGAUCACCCGCAAACACCGCCUGGACGACCGUCGACAUGGGCGGCCUCAAACUGAAAUCACUCUCCGAAGCCCUCUUCUCCUACCACUUCCUCACCACCCUCUACAUCCCCCACAACUCCCUCACCUCGCUCUCCCCCUCCAUCGCCCAGCUCAGCUCGCUCACCAUCCUCGACGUCUCCUCCAACAAGCUCACCGCCCUCCCCCCCGAACUCGGCAUGAUCACCACCCUCCAGCACCUCUUCGUCUUCGACAACCAUCUCACCUCCCUCCCCCCCGAACUAGGCAGCCUCCACCAGCUCGAAGAACUCGGCGUCGAAGGAAACCCGCUGACGGACAGCCUGCUGAGCACCAUCCAGAAGGAAGGCACCGCCUCCCUCGUCGCCUACCUCCGCGACUCCUGUCCCGUGCCCCUGCCCCCCUCCGAGCGGGACUGGAUCACCAUCGACGCCGACCUUGCCUCCUCCAGCCACAACGACCACCACCACCACCACCACCACCACCACCACGGCUACUCCCCGCCCCCGGAGACGUUCACGACGAUGUGCUACAACAUCCUCUGCGAACGGUAUGCGACCGACCGGAUGUACGGCUACACCCCCUCCUGGGCCCUCAACUGGGAGUACCGCAAGGACCUCAUCCUCCAGGAACUCAUGCAGUACGGCGCAGACAUCAUCUGUCUCCAGGAGGUCGACGUCGAGCAGUACGAGGACUUCUUCGUCCAGAGCCUCAAGGACCAGGGCUACGAGGGCGUCUUCUACCCCAAAUCGAGGGCCCGGACGAUGGGCAGCGAAGAACGAAGACAUGUGGAUGGCUGUGCUACAUUCUUCAAAACCUCCAUGUUUCAAUUAAUCGAGAGGGAAUGCGUCGAGUUCAACCAAAUCCCCAUGAGAUCGGAAUCGCACAAGACAGAAGAUAUGUUCAACCGAGUGAUGACCAAGGACAACAUAGCGGUCAUCGCGCUCCUCGAGCAUCGCCAAUCGGGCACCCGACAGAUCGUUGCGAACGUACACAUCCACUGGGACCCGGAGUUCCGAGACGUCAAGCUGAUCCAGACGGCGAUGCUGAUGGACCAGAUCUCGGAGAUCUCGAGCCGGUUCGCACGGCUCCCGAAGCGGACGACCCUGAGCAACAACUACCGGGUGGCGCCGAGCUAUGCGGACGGGAGCCAGAUCCCGACGAUCAUCUGCGGGGACUUCAACUCGAUCCCCCAGUCGGGCGUCUACGACUACCUCUCCACCGGCCUCAUCCCCCCCAGCCACCCCGACUUCUGCAGGAACAACUACGGCCCGUAUACCCAGUACGGCAUCAAACAUGCCCUCAAGCUCAAGUCGGCCUACUCCAACCUCGACUCCAAGGAACUCCCGUUCACCAACUACACCCCCGGCUUCAAGGGCGUCAUCGACUACAUCUGGUACUCCACCGAAUCCCUCCAGGUCAUCGGCCUCCUCGGCAAGAUCGACGACGGCUAUCUCAAGAAGGUCGUCGGCUUCCCGAACGCCCAUUUCGCUAGCGACCAUGUCCCCGUCAAGCCCGUCGCUAGUUAA